AUGGCAGCCUGCGAUAUUUCGAUACGUAAUAUUAUUUCUAUUUAUGGUUCAUUGAUAAUAAUCAUACUGUUUGUAUAUUAUUUUAUUAAUUCGAAAUGGUGUAAAUUGACGAGUUAUAUUUAUCGUUCACAUUUAGUGGGGUUUGAAUCAGAGUGCGCGGAAGUUGCUGUUACUUAUAAAAAACGGUUGUUUGAAUCGUUAAAUGACAUUCAGUCUAGUGAUAAAAUUUUACGGUUAAAUAAUUGUAUAAGAGUACUGGAAAUUGGAGUUAAAACCGGCCAAAAUAUUCAAUUUUAUCCAAAUGGUACUCAUUUAAUAGGCGUUGAUUGGAAUUAUAAAUUAAAAGAAUAUUUGAAAGAAAGUGAUCAAGCAUGGCAGUUUUCUCAUAUUAUUAUUGAAAAAAUAAUAAUUGGCGACGGCAGUUACUUAAAAGAUAUUCCAGACAAUUAUGUGGAUGCUGUUGUUACAACAAGAUCACUUUGUUCUGUAGCAUCAGUUCCUGAUGUUCUUUGUGAAAUACAUCGAGUUCUCGCACCGGGUGGGAUUUAUUUAUUUUUAGAACAUAUACCUGAUGAACAGGAUGCAUUGACACGUUGGAUACAAGGUUUUUUAACAAAAACGAAAAUUUGGCCAUCACUUUUCGGCGACUGUCGAUUGGAUUCAAACCCACUUGAAUAUAUUCAAUCAGCCAAUUUCAAGAGUGUCGUAUGGGAAAUAAUUAAAUUGCGGGGAUAUGUCUCUCAGCCCUACCGUUUAAAUUUGACGUGUUAUCAUAUUAUGGGCAAAGCAAAAAAAUAA